AUCAUUCAGUUAUAUCAAAAGUUUCUGAUCAUUUUACAAAACAAAAUGAAGUCCAUCACCACGCUGUGCAUCACUUUGGUUUGCCUUUACGCGGUUCUAUCCGUUGGAACCGCGGCCCCGCAGGCCAGUGUAUUCACUCAAGAUAUGGUGGAUCCUUCGGAAUUGGACACCGCCGAAGUUUACGAGCAGGAGCAACCUGAUCAACCCGAGAGACGCAUUCCAGUGGAAUUGCUACGCCGAAAGCGCAUCUCCUGUGACUUGCUGAGCGGACUUGGCUGGAAUCACAGCAUCUGUGCUGGGCACUGUCUUGCCAUAAGCUGGCGCUACCGUGGAGGAUACUGCAACGAUCGGGGAGUCUGCGUUUGCCGAUCUUGAAAAAUGUGCGAUAUGCCUGGAACGAUUGUCUACCGGAUUUCCUUGUUGAAUUUUGAAACUGAGCUUGAUGUUCGACUACGACACCGAUAACGUUGAAGUAAAAAAUUUGCUUAAACU